GACCAGCCUUUUAGUGGAGGACGGAAGGUGCACCUUUCUCGUCUUUUUCAUUGAAAAGACUGGAUGGAGUUCCACCUUGUUUGCUCCUCAUCGGAUCCGGCACACGUGUGUGAUCCUGGAAAUAACGCAAGUGUAUGUGAAUAAAGCAAAGUGAUUAAGUGGAAAAUUUUAAAAGUACUUCACGAGAGAGCGGACUCUUUUUUUUUUAAUCUAUGAGGAUUUCACUCACAAUCAAAAGUCACUUGUAAAACUUUUGCACGAUAAUGGCCCAUCGUCAAGAUUAAAUUUGGGAACAAACAAACGAGAAGAAGCAAUUUGGACAAUUACGUGAUCGAGGCGAGCAUGGCUAUCAACACGGACUGCGACUUCCUCAAGUCCAACCUUGGCGAGGGCGGCGGUGGAGGAGGAGAAGCCGGCGCCCAGCUAGCUGACUUCCAGGAGACCGAGAAGCUACUGGCCGUCACCAGAGAGCCCGCGAGCCAAGGGCUCAAAAUGUCCUCAUCCUUCUCCAUCAACAUGGACCACAACCAGGCCAAGGGACCGGAGGCGGACCGCAACGGCCACGGGAUGAACGUCCGAUCGGGCUCCGCGGGGCAGCUGACCGCCGCCGCGCCCCUCUCACCGUCCAAAGUCAGCCUGAGCCGCUCGUCCACCGGCAACGCCGCGGUGCAGGAAAGCCCCCAGCCCCGAGACUACCUGAUCCUCGUCAUCAUCUCCUGCUUCUUCCCCGUGUGGCCCGUCAGCAUCGUGGCCCUCGUCUACUCCAUUAUGUCCAGAAACAGUCUCCAGGCAGGGGACGUGGACGGGGCCCGACGGCUGGGUCGACUGGCUCGUCUGCUCAGCAUCGUCUCCAUCGUGCUGGGUGUGGUCGCCAUCAUUGUAUUUGUCUCACUUUCAGCAAUCAACUGACAUGAACGGCAUGACGGGGAAACAAACCAGCCGUGAAGGAUGCAACACCCAAAAAGCCAACCCCACACCCCGCAAAAAAAGCGAGAAAAGAGAAAUAUUGAGCUCCUGUACAUAUACAUAAAAGACGAUACAACACCUGUCUCCUUCUACCACAUUAUAAUUAUGCCAUCAUGACCUUCAGAAAGCCAACCCUCACCAGAUGGGUAUUGCUGCAGCAAGCAGUCCGACAUCCAAAAUGCAUGCAUUCGACUCCACUCACAUUUGCUUGACAUAUAAGAACGAUACGAACCUGAUGCAACGUCGAGGACGAAGAUUUUCCGAGAUGUCUGGAUUUGCAAAUUGCUUUUGGAAUACAACUGCGAAAAGGAGUGGAUGAGUUGAGCACAGACGACUUUUUCUACAUCUGCGGGAUGUUUGAUCACUUUUUCUGUUUGGACGUCCACGUUUGGACAGCGCCUAUGUAACCCUCAUACGGUAUAUUCUUGCUGUGCCGAAGGCCUAUACAGCUGAAACAUGAAUACCUUUGAGAUGAACAUUUGCUAACAUGAUGGUAAUGUCAAGCUGGGACAGCGGAAGAAUCGAAUGAAAUAGGGACGGGACACAUUUGGAACGUUUUGUUGUCUUUCACCAUUUUUUUUUUUUUUUUAUUUAACAGUGAGCAUAUUUGCAUGCCUGAAUGUGGAUGUGGAAAUUCUGCCUGUGCAUUACUGACUCUUUACCAGUCCAAAAGAAUGAAAUUAAGUGGAAACAGAAGGUGAGGUGUGAAGACUGAAUUGUAACUCUAACGCAUCCAUCUUAACAUUGGCAAAAUAUUAUCGACAUGACAAAUACACCAACGCACACGUUGGAUUCACUCAUUGCGGACGUUUUGCUCCAAGUUCUUCACCUUGUGCCCUUAACCUGUUUACGAGAACGACCUCUCUAUUUGUCCAACAUCAUCACUGCUACGUUGGGCUACAGUUAGAAUUGUUUUUCAUCUGUUUUUUUCUGCUCCUUGUAUAGGGAUGAAAUAUAUAUGUAAGGCAAUAUAUGCAAUAUUUAUGCAUGUUGUAUGAAUUUUUUUGUAAGAGAUGUUUUUCAAUUUGAAGCUCAACAUCCAAAUUGAACAGAUAAUGUAUGCACUGCAAACACACACACACACACACACACACACACACACACACACACACACACACACACACUCUGACUUAACAAGUAGGUAUAAGCAUAGGUUGAAACUUUGGUACACAAAGAUUGUUUACUCACAUUCUCUGCAGGAAUAAUGAAGUCAGUUGCUUCCAAAUCAUACACAACUAUGCAACUACGAGAUCGACAAUGCUGACCUUGCCAAGUUCAACACAUCCUGGCUACGUUACCACUUUCAAGCAUAUUUUUCAUCCAACAUCCAGAGGCAGCCUUAUCCAAUGAUUGCCUUUAUUUAGUACAAACCUAAAAAAAAACAUUCACAUUGGAAGUGAAAGCAUUUACCAAGAUUACACUGAAUUUGGUCAUCUGGUUUAUUUAUUUAUUGUUUUACGCCUUGGUAUCCCUAGGCUGGUGUAACGAGCAUCUGCGAUAUGUGGUGGACAUUUUGCAUGUUUGGAAUAAAUGUUAGCAUGCAUGGCUGACGUUUUUGUCUUGGCGUUGUUUUGUAAGGUUGAAACUGUUUAAAUGCUUUAAAUACACUUUUCUGCUCUCGUGGAAUGGAAGUGAUGAGAUGUUUAUGAUAACAUUAAAUUUGCAGUGGCUGAUUGGAAUGUGUCCGUUAAUGAGGCAGCGAUGAAAAGUGUAAAAU